UCGGGACGACAACUUCCUUAGUAACAAGCAGCUUGCUUGGAGAUGCCUGGUUAGCAUGUAGCUAAAUGUUACUUCGGAGGAUAUUUUCUGAAAUUUCUUAAUUACUUGUAUAUGAAACAGAGUCCGUGUUUGGCGUUAUGUAUGUAGUGGAAACUAAACUGUAAAACUAACAUUGUUUUUGUAGCUGAUUUAACUAUUUAACUCCGGAUCCGUUCACCGAACCAUGUCUCCGCUAGCCAAAUGAUUAUUAGCCGUUUGUGUUCACUUCACGUCCUCCUCCUGUGUGGACGUUUGUCUCUCUCAGCCGCAGAUUUAGGGUUCACUGACUCUACCAUCUCCAGCCAAACAAAUGGGGACCCUUUCGGCUCACCCACCCCGGUUCCGGGUGUUAAGGGGGCCUCAGAGGAAGCCACUCUUUAUCCCACUUUGGUCACAGAAACUCCGUCUCCAACCACCGACCAAACUCCGAUGUCAACAAAGGGUGACCCACAGAUUUGUCUCUGUGAUCUAACUCCUGGUUUCUGCGACAUCGGCUGCUGCUGUGACACAGCUGAUUGUGAUGUUGCCAACCUAUCCACCGUCUUCACCGACUGUCCAAAAGAAGACGUGAAACAAGUUUGCAUCGAAAAAUGGCUGAUGUUCAGAGCCAACGUGGAUUCCUCACUCAUCACGGUGACGGACACAUUGUUUUGUGUUCACACAGAAGCAGCAGCAGCACCCCCACACGGCUGGGCCUUUGCUACGAUUCAGGACGGAGAAGUUAAUCCCCGCCCAGUCUCCAGCUCGGCCGCAGAGCCCAUCCAGAGCGUCUACCUCCCUCACCAGGUGACCCUUACCUACGCCACCCAGGGACGGGUUGCAGGACAGCACGCCUGUGAGGAAGAAGGCACAGAGGGUCUCUGCCCCCACUCGGGCCGCUGCAGCUGCUGCCUCGGUUCCUGCGUGGCCCCCGCCCACCACGAUGACAUCAUACCGCUGUCUGGAGAGCUGACUGGCUCUCCUGGAAACCAGGAACAAGACGCUCUGCACUGGGCGAAGCUUCUUCGUCAACAUCACGUCAACGCCCCCUCCCCCUUCCAGCCGGUUUCCAGUCAGCCGCGCGCGGAUUGA